AAGAUGGAGUGGGGAGGAGAGUAUUCUCUGGAUUCUUCCAAUUUAGACUGUUUGUUAAAUGUCCUUCCUGGAGAAUUGGAGUUUCAACAAAUCCUUAGUGAUCUUGAUGAAAAAAUAAAGAAGAAUUCUUCUAGCAUAGAACAGUGUCUUAAAGAACUGCAAUCAGAAGUAAACGAAAUAUGUACCGGUGAAUUACUGCAAAGCACAACUGACUGCCUGCAGUGGCUGAACAACUGCAGUUUUAGUUUUCUCAGACCUUCUUCUACACACCACGGAGAGCUGAUGGAGUUCCUUAGGACCCUGCAAAGCUUGCUGAAGAACGAGCAAAAUCAAGAAGAAAUGAUACUUCACUUCCUCCUGGAUCUCUCUAGUCAGUGUGGUGUCUCAUUCCCCUGUACUCCAAGUGGGACGUCCUUUGAGUUAACGUCUUCCCUUCAUGCCAUUGAGGAUGAUUCAGCUAUGGAUGUGAAAUCUCUCUGGGAUGAUGUCAGGUUGCAUCUUCGGCGAUUUUUAGUAAAUAGACUGCAAACUCAAGAAGAAACAAAUGCGAAUGCUAUACAACAACAGCUGGAGUUUAAAACUCAGUGCAUACAGCAACUUUUGUUUCUUUAUCCUGAAUCAGAAGUCUUAACAAAGUACCAAAAUAUGCAGAAUAAACUGGUUAGCGAUCUUCUACAGAACUGUGUUUUGUCUAGUUGUGGUGAAACAAAUUUUGAUAAGGUGGUUCAUGGUUACCAAAGUUCAGUACCCACGUUGUGCACAAUGAUAAAAGAGGAUGUGUAUAUACUAAGUGGAACUAUUGACCCUUCUUCAUCACUGAAGUUUAUUAAUGAAACUUAUCUGGAUACCAUCACCGAAGAAAUGACAGUUCUUCUUGAAAGACUUUGUGAGCUGCAGUUCAAAGAAAAUGCUCUACAUAUAGUUAAGGCAAACAAGAUUUCAAAGAAGCAUAGAGGAGCAGUUCAUGCUGUGGGUUAG